AUGGAUCCCUCUGCCCCCCUGGCACCAGGGGAUGAGCUAACCCCAUCCUCGCUGUUGAUCGACGUCGGCAGUGGUGGCUUACCACCAGUCCAGUGCAGAGAAAUUGAGGAAGAUGUUGAGGAAGAGGACGUUAAAGAUUUCCAAAUGAAGAAUAAGGGUACAAAGAGACCAGUUCUUCGAGAAGCAACAGCUGCCACAUAUGAUAGUAAAUGCAAGACAAUGACCACCUUUAUGUCUGAUACAUCUCGGGGAUUCGAUCCACAGCAUCAAUCCGAUUCAGAAACGCAAGACCGCCGAGGUGAUAUCCUUUCUGUUGAUUUGUUGACAUUAAAACGUAAUUCUUUGGCUGGGGGGCUACUAUCGACCCAUGGCAGAGCACGCGAAUCACGAAAAAGCAGUCGUGUUCACUUUUGUAUCAAUCCUUUGACAUCGUCCAUUGUAGCCGCAGCCCUCUCCACCACUGGUGGAGAGCUUGAUUCUGACAUUCUAAGCGAUGGCUCAGGAGAAUAUUCUCGUUCGUCUGCGACCAGUGCCCGAGUCCGAUAUCGACUAGUGACUGCAUCAUCUCUUGAGGCCACCGCUCUGCACAGUUCUAUAGGGGAGACGGAAGAUUCGGCUGCGUCGCGCGCUGCUAAAACUCAGAGGAAGGUGAGUUUUUGUGACCCCCACCUGGGCACUAUUGUGCCGGCUGGCGAUCCGCAAAAUGACAGUAACUCAGGCUCCGAUGCAAGUGACACCGAAGUUAAGGGAGGUGAUGAAUCGGCCGAUAACGACGGGGAUGUGAGCUCUGGCGAUCCCGAGCCUGGCUCGGAGGGCAAAGAGUCUGGUGGAAAAUGGUCGCACGCAGCGAGUCAGGGUGACGGGAAGAAGCAUGCAAAAGUAAAAAUUAAAAAUAAAUACAGGAAUAGGGCAAGACCUAUUUCACCGCCGAGUUUUGCUAAAGGAAAUGCAGGGCGUCACGUAACGAUUCAUGGGCCUUCUAACCCUGAGGGUGAAGGAGGCCACAUUGGUCGUACCGAUGUUCCCUCAUCUGUCACCGACGAGGCUGGCUCGACUCCUACGCUCCCUGGACUUACGCUGACUGCCAAGGAUUCACUUAGCCAACUAUUUGAUAAGGAAAAUGUAAAACGGGCUAAUGAGGAGGAAGAUGACAGUUUAAAUGUUGGCAUAUUCUCGGGCAGUCGAGUGACAGUUCGUCCUAUUCCUGAUCUGCCACACUGCUCCUAUGAAAUUUCUAUGGGUAUGCUGAAACAGCACACUAUCUAUCAAGUUGACUUCGUCUUGCCCAACCAGCUGGGUGCGGCUCGCGUAGAGCUUCUCCGCAGAUCGUCCUGGCUCGAUGAAGCAGCUCGUUUAGCAGCGGCUAGCAGCCUUCCGGCUUGCUCGACGAUGGAUGUGCUGGAUGAGUUUGGUGCCUCUAGAGAUGAAGAACUGGACGAGGAAGAGCGUGGCGACGAGCUCGAGGCGGAGGAGGAAUGUUCAGAGGAUAAAUUCGGUGAUGAAGAUUGGCACAAUGGAAGGCAGAGUGUGGAGGAUUACGGAAUUGCUCCUGUGGGAGACAAACUACUUGUCGGAGACAGUGAUCAUACCGAAUCGAAGAAUUCUCAGGUGAGUCUUUCAAAUCUAAUGCAAUUCACUACUGGUUUUGUAUGUUUAUAUAUAUAUAUAUAUAUACAAAGCCCAGAAACGAGACAGUUUACUAUGCACUUAAUAUGUUAUAGACAUAAUUACGAUCUGUUAAAUGAUUGCACUGCUGGAAAGACAAAUAGGAAUUUACUUGCUGUAUAA